GUCACACGCAAUAAUUGUUUGAAAAUUGCUUUGUGCAGACGACACAAGGGAGGUAAUGACAAUUAAGAAAGCUGAACUCUUUGGUGGGUAAUGAUAAAUAAAGUAAGGGGUCUUGGUUGACUGCUAGCUGUCUGUUGAUGGUUGACUUAAAUUACUACAUUUCCAGAUAUAAAAAUUAUCAUACAGACCCAGGUAAGAUAGAUUAGAGAUUGACAGUGGCAGACAUGAAAUCUACUGCUAAAUGGACAGCUAUUGUUGUAACUUGCUCUAACAAAGCCGUGACACCAUCUUUACAGCAAGCUUUAGAAUUACGCCAGAGUAAAGGUUAUAUAAAUGAAGAAGCCAUUUUAUUGACAGUAGAAGAUCCUAAGGAUAAUGUUGGAAGUGGGGGAGCUACUAUUAAUGCUUUAUUAACAGUUAUUGAAUAUAUAAGUGCUAAAAAGGGUUAUACAGUUAUAAAUCCAGAUGUUUUAAAAGAUGCCUUGAUACUUAUACUACAUGUGGGACGUUCAUAUUGCUAUGAUACAACUACCCGACCAUUUAUAACGUUACCUGCCGAAUAUGUAGCACCAGAAUAUGAUGGUUUAGUAUAUAAUCUUGAUUUUAUAAUCAGAAUUAUAGGAGAAAGGUUUGCUGUAAAAUCUGGACCAGGUGUAUGGAUAUCCAGUACAGAAUAUAUUCUAUCAAUGCCAGAAGGAACAGAUAUACCAUGGAAGGAAUGUGAGGUAGCAUGUGUUACUGUUCCUAGUACAAUGAAAUUUUGUAAAGAUCAUGGUGUCUAUAAAGUAGACAAGGAGGGAAUUGUACAAGAUAUUUUAUACCAGAAAGGAGCUGAUGAACUUGGUCCUUGUCAGAGACGAGAUGGUUCUGUUCCAGUGGCUGUUGGACUGGUAUAUUUGAAUAGAAAUGUUGCAGAGAAGUUGUUAUCAUUUUAUAUUAAACCUCCAUUAGAUGCUUGUUGUUAUAUGGGCAUUGAUAAUGGACAACCUCCAAUAAACCUUUCUUUGUUCUUUGAUGUUCUCCUGCCAAUGUUGACGGACAUAACAGAAGAAGAUUUUGUAGCUGGUAAUAGAAGUGCCUCAUAUGGUAAACCGCCUCCUGCUGUUGAUGAAUCAACUGCCUGUAUGAGACAAGCAAGACGAAUACUGUGGAGAGAAUUACAUGGGUACAGAGUACAAAGUUGUAUGAUAGAGUCAGGAUCAUUUCAUUAUUUAAAUAAUUCAGUCACAGAAUACAAGAAAUGUCAACAAGAUUCACCUUUCAAAUCCUAUAACUUUAAAGAUGUUGUUUGGAAAAAUAUUGUCCAUUCAGCAAUAGAGCCUAAAAGUACAAGAUUAUCAGAUGAAAGUAUUGUGAUCAACUCAAGUGUAAGAAGAAAUGUUUGCAUUGGUAACAAAACUAUUGUAUCGCAUAGCUGUCUACAUGGUCGUAUAGAUAUUGCUAGAGAUUGUAUCAUCUCAGGUGUUAAAAUAGAGAAUGUAAAGGAUGACGAGACUGUAGAGAUUGCUGAAGAUAUUGUUCUGCAAGGUUUCAAUAUUAAACUUAAAACAUUCCCUGUCAAACAAAAUGUAUUUACUGUACAUGGAAGAUUUGACAAUAUCAAGGCACCAACAUGGAAGACUACUAGUACAUUCUGUAACACACCCUGGUUACUCUUUCUCAACCGAACUGGUAUAUUAAGAGAGGAUCUGUGGGGUACAGAAGUGGACAAUGAUGAUCAAACAUUUCUUACUGCUAAGUUGUUUCCAGUUUUCCAUGCAACUAGUCCUGUAGGGCUUAAAGAAAUAUUAUGGAUGCAGGGUACAGUUAAUGAUGAUGAACAAAAAACAAUACUCAAAAGAUGGAGAUCAUCGUGGAGAUUAUCAUUUGAAGAAAUCUUAGCUUUCACAGAUUCAGAAAAAGAAUUCCAAUAUAAAAAAGAUCUAUUCUAUGAGGUUGGUGGUUAUCAGAUAGAACAAGCUUUAAAUAAUCAAGAAAAUGUUGGAUUUCGUAAACUGUAUAAUACUGCCAGUAGGGAAGGCUAUACUCAAGCUAUUUUCAACAUAUUAGAUAAAGUUGCUAGUAAAACUGAUAGUCCAGGUGUAGCAGCUCGAACUCUGGCUAAUAUUGGAGAUUUAUUAGGCUCUAUGGCAGAAAAUAAAGGUGGUUUAAGAAGUGGUCCAGCUGCUAACAAUGCCUGGAGAAAAGCUUUUCAACUGCUUGAGGAUGAUCAGUUGGAAGCUGGAGUUGAAGCUCUAGCUACUGUACGAACAAAAUGGUUGAAUCGACCAGAUUUAUUGGUCAGAGCUGCAAGGCAUUAUGAAGGUGCCGCUCAAAUACUCAUUAGAAAGGCAGUGAUGACGGCAAAAAAGUAUAUGGAUCAUAAUAAAGCGGAUGUACCAAUGAUUGGUCAGUGGGUUCGAGCAGAUUGUCCAGCUAGAAUAGAUUUAGCAGGUGGUUGGUCUGAUACUCCACCUAUAACGUAUGAACAUGGGGGUGCAGUUACAAUAGCAGCACUUCUUAUCAAUGGAAAGAGACCAAUCGGAGCAAGAGUGAGAAGAACAGAGGAGCCUGUUAUCAAAUUAGAGAUUGUUGGUGCUCAAGGAGAUAAGAAUACAGUUGUGUGUUCUGAAUUAUCACAUUUAAAAGAUUAUUGUCAACCCCAUGCAGCUGGAGCAUUACUCAAGUCUGCCUUCAUCUGUACUGAUGUAAUUGAUUUAAAUAGUAACAUAUCUCUUAGUGAGCAGCUAAAAACUAAUUAUGGUGGAGGAUUUGAGAUGCAGUCUUGGUCUAAUUUACCACAAGGUUCUGGUUUAGGUACAAGUAGUAUUUUAGCAGGAGCUGUGAUUGGAGCCUUAUUACGUGCUGCUGGUAAAUGUUGUACGUCUAACAGUUUGGUUCAUGCUGUUUUAUAUUUAGAACAAUUGUUAACAACAGGAGGGGGAUGGCAGGAUCAAGUUGGAGGAUUAAUGGGAGGUUUUCAGUUUGGCUACUCGGAUGCUAAAUUACCACUAGAGGUGAAAACUGUUCCAAUAGAAGUUGCUCCUGAAACAGUUACUGCUUUUAAUAAACGCUUGUGUCUUAUUUAUACUGGUAAAACAAGACUAGCUAGAAAUCUUUUACAGGAUGUUAUAAGAAAUUGGUAUGCUAGAAAUCCAUAUAUUGUUCAAACAGAAGAUUUACUUGUAUCAAUAGCUGGUGACUGUAAAGAUGCUUUGAUGAAAGGAGACCUAGAUAAAACUGGUCAAAUAAUUGAUAAAUAUUGGGAAUUAAAGAAAAGAAUGGCGCCUGGUAGUGAACCAGAUCGUGUAACAGAAUUAAUCAGUUUAUUACGUCCUCAUGUUAAUGGUGUUACUCUAGCUGGUGCUGGUGGAGGAGGCUUCAUGUUUGUUCUAAUGAAAGAAGAAACCUCACAAGAUUUAAUUCGAAAACUCUUCUCCAAGAAGGGUUUAGAAGAUGUAGAAAUAUAUGAUGCUGAAUUAGAUAAUCAAGGUCUAACUGUGUAUUUUGAAACUGACUAAAAAUAAGGACAGACAACCCAAAAAAUCUUUAUUAACAUAAUGAAUUAACUAACAUAUUUAAUAUAAUAUUCAGUUACAUACUUUAAAGCAGCUUAUUGUCAUUUGCAUUUUUCAGACAAUAUCUAAUUUUUCACAACUUAAUCCAUGCUUAAAUAUACUCAAAUUGAUUUCUUAACAUUUAAUGACAAAUGGAGACUUUAAGUGAAUAAAGUUAUUUUAAUUUUUAUAAUAAAUUGUAACAAAUUUUAUGAACAAUAUGACAUCAUUGUGAUAUCAUUGUAUAACUUGUCAAGACUGACUCAGAAUGUUUCUGUUAACUGGAACCGAAUUAUAGUGUAAAUGCAGCUACUGUCUGAACGGUCAUAAAUUUUAAACAGAUUUCUUCGAUUAUGAACAAACUACUUAACAUUGGUUAUUAUAAACUUUUGUGUGUUUGAAAUCAAUUUCUGUUCAAUAAAUUCCAUUACACAAUUAAUUAUCCUAAUGAAUCAAAACGUUCUCACUUGAAAAAUUGAAUUCCCACAAACUUUUGACAUGGAGCAAUACAAAACUGGAAGCUGACUACGUCACUCUUCAGGAGAGAACAUUUUGUAUCAAGGGGUGACAGCAUGCCACGUUAUAACGGUUUUCAGUACUUUUAUGACAAUCCAAUUUUUGUAUAAGAAUAAGCUAUAUGUCUUGGCUCGGUAUUGAAUUUGGGGCGUUCACACACAUAACUGCUCAUAUUCCUUUAUUUUGUUACCAUCUUUUACAUUCAAGUAAAAACUCGGCAAAGUUUAUAGCUUUACAUAUUGGCUCUUUGCCCCUUUGUGGAUAGUUUCCACAUGGACCUUAUUAUUGGAUUGAAAGAAUAUCAAAUUGACGAUACACUCGGAAACUUCGGACGUGAAUUUCAUGUUGCUUGUUAAAUUAGUUAUAAUAUAAAGAAGAUAGGAAAGUUUUAUUUUAUAUAUGACUUUAUUUUUACGAGUAUAAGUAAAAUUUUCAUGGUGAAUAAAAUUUGGUAGACUGGCGGUCAAUGGCGUUAAUAUGAAUCUUCUAUGUAAUUACCUUUAGUUAAUAUUUUUCGUUGCCCAAACUCAAACAAACGAAAUGAUCUCGCUUUGUUUUGAUUGCAACACUUGGUUGUCAAACUAUCUGUCAAAGUUAAACCACCCCCAAACAGCUUCAUUGGUUUCACCCAACACGUGACGAAAGCCAUGUUAUCUUGCAUUCAGUCGAAAAUACAAGUAAAUACCUCAAAUUUUUCAAGAGAGACCUUUUUUAUUCAUUGGAAUAUCUAAUUGUACAUUGGAUUUUAUUGAACGGGAGUUGAUUUCAAAUACACAGGUAAGUAUAUAAUAACCAAAGUUAAGCAGUUUGUACAUAAUCAAAGAAAUUUGUUAAAAUUAUAAAAUUUACCACAGAUCAGACCGUAAUAUGUAAUACAGUUUAUUCACAACUACAUAUUUAAACACGAGUAUGGAAGUUACAACUAACAAAUAUAAGACAUAUGACAUUGUGAUACAUGAUAUGUUCAGUCGUAGGUCUAUCUUAUAAAUGAAUAUAAAUGAAUAUAGAUAAUUUGCAAAGUUUUGAGAUUUUUACAUUGAUUAUUUUAUUUAUCACAUUUUUAUGUUCAUAUAAAUAUAUACAUAAUCCAUGUGUAGGGUGACCCAUGUACUCACAGAAAUACAGUCCACCGCUGAUAGUUCGAGACUACCACUGAAGCGUGCACAUUCGCCGUGCCGAGACCAACUUUCUGACAGUAUGAUACUAUAAAUAGCCAUGGCACGUGCAAUUCUCUACAAAUCUAUCAACUAUUACAGCCGUAAACAAUUUAUUGUUGACGAUUUUGAAUAGCAGUAAAAUUAAGCUUCUUGGUUAUUACAGCAGAUUUAGAAAUUACGUUCGUUUCAUUUUUUAAAUUGCUUUAUCAUUAACUGUACCGUUAAGAGCGGCAUCUUUUGGUUUAGUACAAAUAAUAUCUCUGAAUCACUCGGGUUAGACAGGAACAUGAUACUAGCAGUAGUUUCAUUUUACUUUUACAAGCUUCUUAAAACGAUUGUUGAGCUACCUAACGUGCUUAUUUCUAAAUUCAAUUUCUUGUUCUAGCUUUCUGUUAUGUUUCGUAAAAAAGUAGUCUUGAUUAUCCCGACCUGUCAAUCAGACGUAGAAUGGUCGAUAGACUGGUUAAGCGAGACUAAUUUCAAAACAAGGACACGUAACCUAUCUUUUACUCAAAAGUGUCUGGAUGUUAUGGACGACUCUUGGAACCAGUUUUCAGUCUAUUAUUUAUACAUGAUUAAUGGUCAUAGCUUAUUAAGUGCAACAUGAUCGUUUAUUUAGUGACUAUAAUUGUGUGAAACUGAUUUGAGGCUUGGCAUAUAUAUAAAUAUUGUGGCGUAAUUGUCGAGAUAUAUGGAGAUAUUUAUUUAUGGUGGGUCACCCUACCAUGUGAAAUUUUGCUGAAUAAUAUUACGGAGAUAAAGAAAACGAUCCAUAAUACUAAAUUUGGUGUAUUUUUUAAACUAUCUAUAUACAUCUAUUAUUGUGUGCGUAUAGUGUAAGAUAAAUGAUUUGUUAUUUUGUAUGUGUGUUGUUUGUAGUGUGUCCAAUGUUCGGACAAACCAAUGAAUUGUUGCAAUAUGUGAGGGGCCAUGGGAUAUGCAUAUUAAAAGUUUCCAAUGUUUACAAUAAUAUAGUUAUAUACGGUA